AUGCCUUGUGUUUACAUCACCACCAAUCUUAACUUAGAUGGAGUUGAUAUCGAUUCCAUCUUUUCUGAAGUCACCACUGCUAUCUCAACAAUCAUCGGAAAACCCGAAAAGUUUGUAAUGGUCCUAUUGAAGUCAUCAGUACCAAUAUCAUUUGAAGGUAACAAAGAACCAGCUGCUUAUGGUGAGAUAAUAUCAAUGGGUGGCAUAAAUAAAGAAGUGAAGAGGAAACUCAUUGCUACAAUUGGCACUAUAUUGCAGUCAAAACUCUCUAUUCCAAGAACACGUUUUUUUGUUAAAGUCUUUGAUACCACUGCAUUUCCUACCCCGUCUAAAUUGUAA